CACACUCAGACAUGCAUGUUCAAAUACACUCAGCAGUGCUUAGACAAAGAGGGCUGGGCUUCGUCUGUAACCUACUCAGCUGCUCAGGUCACUGACCGGCCUCAAGGGUUACUGCUGAUCCCCUCGUCGCUCUCCACCAUGAUCCUGUACCUGCUCUUCGCUUUUCUUACGCUCGGUGUUGCGGGAUCACAAGCAGCCAACAUGACAGAGGUACAGCUGAGCAAAGCUGAGGGGAACCAAACAUUCAGCGAGCCCUCCGCUGGCAACAGUACAAUGAAAUUCAGCAACACGACAUCCAGUUUGGACAAAGACACGAUGAACGAACUGCAGAACAACCAAACAUCUACUCUUAUCACAGAGGAUGACGAGAAUUUUCAGGAGCAGGAAACUGAGUUCCCAGGCAGACAAUGCAAACAGGACUUAUUGGUAGAAUACAGUCACGGACUUUGUGGGGCAGUUUUUCACAUGGCAAUGCUGUCAAUCACCGAAAACUGGUGUGUAAUGGAAAAUAUCAUCAGACCAUACAACAACAUGACGCUAUGCUUGGAGAUGUUGUCUGGUGUGUUCGGCUGCUAUUACCCAAACCCCAGCAUUCAAGACUUCUUCAUCGACAUCCACACUCAGUACUUCCAGAACUGUUCUUGGGAGGAGCCUCUGCUUGUGGAUGCUCCUCAGAAUGUGGUGAUCGCCCUCACUCUCAUCCCUAAAUCAAUAGAUACUCGGUACACUGCAUGACCGAAAGGAUGUGGACACUCUAACAUGACCCUAAUGUGAUCGAUUGACAGUCUCGACUCUCCUGAGAAGUCUUUCCUCCAGAUUUUGCUGUUAAUCCAACAAUCAGCAAGUUGGUUUUCCAGUUCCUCCUAAAGGUGUAGGAUGGAGUUAAGGUCAGAGCCCUGUGCAGACCAAUAUCCUAAAACUUUCUGGCUUUAUAUUUACUGUACAAAGGCACACAUUUGGCAAACCUCAGUGAAACACCUGUAUAUGUAAAUGUAUGAUAUUGUGAAUUUUCAGUAAAUAAAGUUUGAAUUAUUUUGUGUGUA